AUGCCGCUACCAAAGCCGAAUCCUAUGCCACCGUAUUGGCUCUCAUAUGAUUCCAAUCUGUCGAAACAUCGCACAACCGAGGAUCUCCCCGAAGAGGCAGACGUCGUGGUUAUUGGCUCAGGUUACGUCGGAGCCGCAUGUGCCUAUUACAUCCUCGAAAAGGACGACAGCGAGAGACCUUCGGUCGUGAUACUCGAGGCCCGAGACGUGUGCUCCGGUGCUACGGGGCGCAAUGGUGGGCACCUCAAGCCCGAUGUCUAUUUCAAUGCAGCCCUCUAUGAAAGGACGUAUGGGCCGCAAGUUGCGGAGGCCGUGAGGAUGUUUGAGACGCAGCAGGUCAUGGACGUCAAGAAAUUGGUCGAGAAGGAGCAGAUUGAUUGCGAUUUUGAACUCACAAGAGCCAUCGACGUGUUUGUGGAUCCUCGAGUUGCCGAACCCACGAUCGCGGCGUAUCUGGACAUGAAAGCCAGAGGAUAUCGUUUCCCAGAUGACCUGCACUUCAUAGGUGAUCCCAAGAAAGCUGAACAGAUUUCGGGAGUGAAAGGGGCGCUGGCAGCCUUUACGUUUACAGCUGGAUCGAUUUGGCCCUAUAAACUGGUCUCUCAUCUUCUCCGCCGUUGCCUGGAGUGGGGAGCAAACAUUCAAGCAAACACUCCCGUCACGGCGAUCUCCAAAUCCCCUGGCAGCGAUGGCCGGUGGGUUCUGACAACUCCUCGCGGAGAAAUCAGAGCCAGGAAAGUUAUCCUGGCCACAAAUGCAUAUUUGUCGGAGCUCUUGCCUGAAUUUAGCGACAACAUCACCCCAGCCAGAGGAGUGGCAUGCAGAAUUGCUGUGCCGGAGCAUGGAAAGAUGGCCCCUCACUUGAACAAUACCUACAGCAUCAGGUAUGGGCCUCAGGAGUACGACUAUCUGAUCAGCAGGACAGAUGGAAGCAUAGUCGUUGGGGGUGCAAAACAAGUCGUCCUUUUGAACGACUCCUACUGGCGCAACAACAUUGAUGAUUCACAAUUGAUACCUGGUGCUGAGGAAUACUUCACUGGCUACAUGCAGCGAAUGUUUCAUGGCUGGGAAGACUCACAAGCGAAGAUCACGGACAUCUGGACAGGCAUCAUGGGCUACUCUUCAGAUCUCAUGCCCUGGGUCGGGGAGGUACCCGGAAAACCCGGCCUCUUUGUCAACGCAGGAUUCACUGGCCACGGCAUGCCGCGGAUCCUCGGCUGUUCUGCAGCACUUGCGUCCCUGGUUCGUGGAGAGGCGAAAGAUUUGAGUCAGACAGGGUUGCCAACACCGUAUUGGAUCACCAGAGACAGGUGGAUGUCCAAAAGGAACAUCGCCCGUGAGUAUAUGGCAGGCUCUCGACCCUCACAAUAA